CCAUAGUUUUUAGUCUACUGCAGAGCUGCUAAAGGGAGAUGGACCUGGAGGAGUGAAGGGUGUGUGUGGGGCAGAUACAAUGGAUCUUUCAGAUGCUCUGGGUGGUGAACCGGGCUGGCCAAGCCAGAACAACCAGCAGAGUAGUGGGGGCGUGUGGCCUGGUGGGCAACCCAACCAGCCAACAUGGCCAGGACAGCCUGGUGGUCAACCGACUUGGCCUGGUCAGCAGCAACCAGGCCAGCCCGCCCCCAUGUGGCCUGGACAACAACCAAACCCUUCCCAACCAUCAUGGCCCGGACAACCAGGAGGGGGGCAGCCUAGCCAGCCAACCUGGCCCGGACAACCAGGUGGGGGACAGCCCAGUCAGCCAACAUGGCCAGGGCAGCCAGGACAGAUUAGCCAACCUACUGGACCCGGAUGGCCAAGCCCAAGCCCCGGUCCAGGCCCUGCCCAACCAACUGCUCCACAACAAAGUUCACUGAAAAUGCCAUAUGACCUGAACCUGCCAAAUGGAUGCUACGACAAGAUGCUCAUCACAAUUCGUGGGACAAUUAACCAAAAUGCCAAAAUGUUCACCAUCAAUCUAACCAAAGGGAAUGACAUUGCCAUGCACGUCAACCCACGCUUUAAUGACCAGGGAAAGAAAACGAUUGUGCGGAACAGUCAGAUAGGCAAUACAUGGGGCAAAGAGGAGAGAGAGCACAAUCACUUCCCCUUCAUUCAGGGCCAGCCCUUCGAGAUGAAGAUCAUGUGCACUAACAGUGAGUUCAAGGUGGCAGUGAACAGCUCACACAUCCUGGAGUUCAAACACCGCAUCCGUGACAUCCACUCCAUCAAACACCUGGGCAUCUAUAAUGAUGUCACCCUCACGUCUGUGGAGAUUGACAAACUAUAAGAUCUAGCAGGGUUGGUUUCAGCCAUAGAAAUAGAAUGACCAGAAUAUCCAAAGUCCCUCAGGUUCUAUUUUUAUGGUUCCAGUGACCUUCCAUCAUUGGUUUUCAACAGAAACAUACAGUAGCUUGAGUCUCAAGCUUUAACCCAGUAGUACUACCAUCAUAUUCUGUACUUCUACUAAGCUGGUAUAUUCUCUGUGUGGAAAUACUCAAGUGGAAAAAUAUAUUUUCUUAGUCUUUAAUAAGAGGAAAAAGUCAACAACUUUAACUCACAAAUUCAUUGGUUUUAAGUCUGAAUAGGUACAUACAUUUUAAUGUAAACCACCUAUAUCCAAUAAAAAUCCAAUGUUAGACUCAA